AAUCAGACCCACAAUCAUUUCCCUUAUUUAUAUGUUAUAUUAUCUGCAGCCAAAAAAUAUUCCAUUACUCUUUUUCUCUGUUUCUUCUCCUGAACUCCUUAAACUACUCUGCUCAGCCUUUCAUAUUUUUUUUCUCACUUUUUGUGAUGCCAGUUUCAACCAUGUGAAGUUGUGUCUGCUGUUGUUUGGAUCUUCUGAACCAUGAAUCUUAGCAACGGCAAGGGAUCCACUUCGAGUUCUGUCAAAACUGGCGACACCAUCUCCGACCAGUUUCCGGCGGGUCUCCGGGUGCUUGUGGUGGAUGAUGACCCCACUUGUCUUAUGAUCCUUGAGAGGAUGCUGCGUGCUUGUCUCUAUGAAGUGACAAAAUGCAAGCGAGCUGAGGUUGCAUUGUCGCUUUUGAGAGAGAACAAGAAUGGGUUUGAUAUUGUUCUUAGCGAUGUCCAUAUGCCAGAUAUGGAUGGAUUUAAACUUUUGGAGCUUAUUGGGUUGGAGAUGGACCUUCCCGUUAUAAUGAUGUCAGCUGAUGAUGGAAAAAGUGUUGUGAUGAAAGGGGUGACUCAUGGUGCUUGUGAUUACCUGAUUAAGCCAGUGCGUAUUGAGGCUUUGAAGAAUAUAUGGCAGCAUGUGAUUCGGAAGAGAAAGAAUGGGGCAAAAGAUGUGGAGCAAUCGGGUAGUGUGGAAGAAGGAGAUCGGCUUCAGAAGGGAUCUGAAGAUGGAGAUUACUCAUCCUCGGUGAAUGAGGGGAAAAGCUCAAAGAAAAGGAGGGAUGAGGAGGAUGAAGGAGAGGAGAGGGAUGAUUCCUCCACGUUGAAGAAACCGCGGGUUGUUUGGUCUGUUGAGCUUCAUCAGCAGUUCAUGGCUGCUGUGAAUCAACUUGGAAUUGAAAAAGCUGUUCCUAAAAGGAUUUUGGAAUUGAUGAAUGUUCCUGGGCUCACCAGAGAAAAUGUUGCCAGCCAUCUCCAGAAAUACCGUUUGUAUCUUAGAAGGCUGAGUGGAGUUUCACAUCAGCAGAGUAGCUUGAACAACUCCUUCAUGAGCUCACAAGAAGCAUCAUUUGGGGCAACUUCAAUCAGCGGAAUUGAUCUUCAAGCAUUUUCGGCUGCCAGCCAGCUCCAGUCACAAAGUCUGGCCAAGCUUCAAGCCGCAGGGCUUGGCAGGUCAACUGCUAAACCAGGUGUGCCUAUGCCUCUAUCUGACCAAAAGAACCUUUUCAGUUUUGAGAGCCCAAGAUUACGAUUUGGAGAAGGGCAAAUGCAACAUUUAAGCAACAAUAAACCAAUGAACUUGCUUCAUGGAAUUCCUACCAACAUGGAGCCAAAACAACUUGUCAAUUUGCACCAAUCUUCUCAAUCCCUUGGUAACUUGAAUAUGCGACUCAAUGCUCCUGCUGCACAGAACAACCCCUUGUUGAUGCAGAUGGCUCAGUCUCAACCAAGAGGUCAGAUGCUAAGUGAAAAUGCUGGUUCUCAUUUAUCCAGGUUUCCAUCAUCUUUGGUUCAACCUACAGUAACAAAUGGUAUUUCUAAUGGUGUUUUGGGAAAUGGAAUUGUUGGCAACAGAAACAUAACUUCUGCUUAUAAUUCGGUUCCACAAAACUCUUCAUUGUUGAGUUUUCCCAUGAGCCAAAGCAAUGAAAUGUCUGUCAAUAGUUUCCCUCUUAGAAGCUCUCCAGGUAUAACCAGUAUGCCAACAAAAGGCAUGUUUCAUGAAGAUGGUACCUCUGAUAUUAAAGGAGCCGGUGGAUUUGUUCCAAAUUAUGAUAUGUUCAACGAAUUCAACCAUCAGAAGUCCAAUGAUUGGGACUUAACAAACACAGGCAUGACAUAUGAUGCUUCUCAGCAUGCAAAUCCUUUACAAGGUAACAUUGAUGUCUUGCCAUCAGUUUUAGUCCAUCAGGGUUUUCCCUCUAUGCAACAAACUGUGCAAAAUAGAGAUACUACUUCUAUUGGAAAAGCUAUGUUCUCCACAGGUGAAGGCAUGCAUCAAGGUAAUCUCCAAAACGUUGGUCAACCCCUCAAUAACCUUCUUGUUGACAAUUCACUAAGGGUUAAGGAUGAAAGAAUUCCUGAUCAAAGCACUCAGAUUAAUAACAUGAUGUCCGAGCAAUAUGGUCAGGAGGAUCUUAUCAGUGCAUUUCUGAAACAGCAAGAAGGCAUUGGACCAGUUGAAGAUGAGUUUGACUUUGAUGGAUAUUCCUUAGACAACAUUUCAACUUAGAACUGAGAAGGCCAGUUGUCUUUCUAAUUGCAGUCGCCAAUGUAAAUAGUUGGCGUUCCACAUGAACCAAGUCAUUCUGCAAUUAGUUAGUUUAGACCUUGGUUUAAAUUUUUCAGCAAAUAGAAUUUAGUUGAUGUAAAAAAUUUCAGGCUUCAGGGAGUAGUAUGUUAUUUUGAUUUAGUCUGGAUGCUCAAGAUCAUUUAAGUAAUUGACCAGGAUGAAUAACAACAAACAUUAAAUGCAUGUAUGCAAAAGGCAUAUUUGCAAUUUUUUGUCUGCUUUUGAUUGAAAAGGUUCUAGCAAGCUUCUAUCGUAAAGGUGUACAUGAAGACAUUGGUUUAGGGGCAGAACUGCAGAAGCAAGAUUUUGAAUUGAUACACCUGCAGACUUGUAGGAGCAUUUUAACUUUAAUAACACAUUAUGAAAUAUUUUUUCCUUUGCUCCCUUUUUCCCGAUUUUAUUUUAUUUUUUUCAAAUUGAGCAAAGGACUUCUGUAAGUAUGUACAUAUUCCAAAUGGUUGCUCAAGACA